AUGUUGGACCGCCGCUUUCGAGAGCUACCAGCAGCUUGCAAGCACUUUUUCGAUGAUAUUAGGGUGAGAAUUCCUGGGUCGGCAACCGACUCAGUACGCGGAGCGCGUAGACGCAUUUCAAAACCGAAACCUGGCCUAUCUACCACAGACGGAUUUCAGGACAUUCUCUGCAAGAUUCGGUCGGUCAGUCCUGACCAGAAGCAUGUAUUCUUGUUGUCCGCCAAGUGUUGGGGACUCCCGCUCUCUCAUUUUCGACAUGUGAUCGAUCCAGAUUGUAAACAGCAGUGGCUCUAACGCAGACCCUUGUGGCACUCCGAAAUGACCGGAAACUCAGGUGACACACCGUCUUGAACGUGCACGCCGGAGUUCCUAUGAUCCUGACGACUUCUGAGUCACUUGCAUGCGUUUCAAGCUAGACCAUAAAUACAGUGCGUGACCGCGCUCAUGAAAUGUUGGUCGAAAUUCUGGAAUGCGUUUUCCAUUAGGAAAGAUUACCUAGGUGGGGUUAUAAUAUUGAUUAGUAUACGACAUAAUCUUAUAGUUUUUAGGACUCACCAGGAUUUCAGCUAUUGAAUGCACCUCUUUUCGACCUCCUGCAGAAACCACACUCGUUAAAAAAUGACUUCUUAUUUUGCAUGCAUUUUUCCUAUUGAUUUUCAGCAGUCUUAUAAAUUCAAAUAUAUUUUAUAGAAAACGUGCCCAGAAAUAUGCUUUCUUUUGCUCAUUUGGUAGGAAAUCACAUUGUCUUCAUAUUUUAUUCCCGGAGAAGAUGUAAAAAGUUUCCAAUUAUGAGAUUUUUUAGGACUGUGCGAUGUCCAUGCAUGCAAGAUCGCACAUGUCCGUCUAAUUCUCCUCAUGAAAUGGACAACACAGUCCUGAUCCAUAGCAUAAUUUCAUGAAGUCUAUGUGGUAUCCUCUUAGAGGCAUAGAGGAAUAUAUGAUUUUCCAUACGCAGAAAGCAUGCACCUUGUAGACUGAAAUUGCUAAACGCUGAUGCAAUGGCAGAUCAGGCUGAAAAUUAGUCGGGAAUUGGGAAACUUUUUUAAAACCUAUAUAUACACUUUCUUCGGGCAUAAAAUAUGAAGACAAUGUGAUUUUCUACCGAAAAAAGUAAAAGAAAGCAUAUUUUGUGCAUGCUUUCUAUAAAAUGCAUUCCAAUUUAUAAGACAGCCGAAAAUCAGUAGGAAAAAUGCAUGCUACUUAAGUAGUCAUUUUUUGCAGAGUGUGGUUUCUGCAGGAGGACGAAAAGAAGUGCAUUCAAAAGCCGACAUCCUGGAAAGUCCGAAAUGUUAUAGGGUUAUACUGCUUGAUAAUCAGUCUAACCACCCCACUUAAGUAAUCGGAAACGUAUUCCAGAAUUUCGGCCAACAUUUCAUGAGAUCGGUCACGCACUGUAUAAGGCUUCUCACUAGGUAGUCUGUGGGUAACUAAGUCGAAGGUCCCACUGAGGUCUAAGCUUUCUACUAAAGAGUUGGACAACGAGAGGGUGUAGGACACCAACUAACUUGAGGUAGCCUGUGGACCGUGUCAUACGUUGAAUGGUGGUAGUGAGAGUUUUACGGGUGGGGCAACACACAGGACGGAGAGCAAGAAGACACAAAAAUAGAUUAAUUUCUGCCGAAAGCCUUUUUCGUACGCUGUCACUUGGCAAAGAAAGUGAGUGUAAUAAUUAAAAAAAAGCAAAAAGAAGUUACUAAAAAAUAACGGACUUUGAAUAAGGCGCCGCUGGCAAGUCUACAUUUAGUCAGGAAGGGAGCGGUGACUAAUAGGUGAUGUUUACAUUCACACUGAAUUCUGGGGUAUAUUUUUGGAGUUGCCGUCUACUUGGGGGUCCUACACCCUGUCGUUGCCAAGAUUUCACGAGGUGUGACCGUGCUUUAAGGAAACCCCACUGGCUGUGGCUUACGAGUCCCCACCUGUCCAGAAACUAGCGCACACAGUUAGUAAGUCCUUCUACAGACUUUUGCACACGAGACCAGUGAGCCCAACUGGACUGUAGCCUUCAGUCAGUCACAGAGACCUUUCUUCGGGUAGAGGCCUAACUAGGGCUAGCUGCACCGAGGGCAGCGUACAGCGGACUGCGUGGAGGGGGGGGGGAAGGUAGCCAAUUCUGGGACAAGUUUCUGGCGGAGUUUCUGGGUGUAACGAGUUCAGUUCCGGGGGCCUGUUCGUGUUUGUGUGUGUGAUGGGGGUUUCUCAACUUCUGCCGACUCAACUACCAAAUUUUCCAUUUGGGAUACCUGUUCUGCAGAUGAGGGUGCACGUAUGUGUUUAGUUAUCUAGGUGGAAGACCUGACCAGGCGGGUUUCACGGAAGUGACUCUGAUGCCAGACUAUUUCCCUCUCAAAAAACGCAUAUUAACUGACAGUAACCUCGGCACAUUUAGUAUUGGUACCGAAGAUUACAAUAUAAAGUGUUUUCGGCAUCAGUGCCACAAGGAAAAGGUUGUGGUUAGUCCGACAUGUUUUCCAUCGCUUGUAGGCGGAAUCAAGACAGAUCAUUCAUGUCCAACUGUCAACGGUUGUUUGAAGGUGCAGGGGUAUCUGGAGAUCGCUGAAGCUAGCAAAUUGCGGACGUUUCCGACGGCCUGAUAUUUCAGCCGGUUUUAUUCGAGACUUGACGAGAACUGGUUGAGUCAAAAGUGGGCGAAACAAUGUUUCGCAACUGUGCCGUGGCUGGACAAGAUGAACGUGUUAGUGCAUCAGCCUAGACUAGCGCCUCUUAAUCUUGUGUAAAUUACCGCACCGGAGCCUAAACUAACACUAUACGGACUACUGCUCAGUCCCUACAACAGCGAUAUCUUAACUGGGAUUAUCCACUCAGCACUAUCACGGAUUCCAGAGUUUGAUGAAAGCAGCUCCGGAGAGGAUACGCACCGGGUCAUGAAACGGUCGCUGAUGUCCUGCGGAAGUCAGGGCAGUCGUCCCACGAUGUCGUUCCGGAUGGCGAAGGCAACGCCAGCAUCGCAUCGCUGUGCAUGUGGACAGCCGCCCCAGAGGAAGGUAUAGCCGGCACUUACCUCCUCCAGCCGACCGUGUUUAGAGAAUAUCGGGGUAAGAUGUGGUUGUGCAACCGCACCUGAUGAACACAAUCCUAUUGGGGUUAGAGGUUAGGGUUAGGGCAACUAUUUCUCAACCACUCAAAGUGCAACCGCGCAUUCCCAAUAGCAUUUCUUUUGCAUACAACUACUUGACCUCAUCGCCUGUGCGUUCCCCACCCCUACCUGUAAAAACUCCCAUUUUACCACCGGUGUGUAUUACAGGCUGCUGGGGUUUGUUUACUUCCGGUGGGGCUACAUAACGACAUCUGACCAGAAUCGGGUCUGGUUGAGAGCAACGAUGUCCACCAUGCGAGACACUUCUACUCAGUUUGGAUCCGAGCCGAGCAAUUCAUGCUUCUGUAAAACCCAGGUCAGGCGUGUGUGGCACGCGCGGACGGGGUGUUUAGCUAUGCCAAACACCGCGUCUCCUGUCUUCAUGACUCUGCCUUGACAGCGGCCUAGGUGGGUAAGGGAGGACUGGGUGUGAUAGAUGCAGAGCAAGCCUAGCAUCACUAUAAACUCAUUCACACACACAAGUCAUUUCCGUGCACCUGCUAUGCUACGAGGCACAUGAUGGACAUCUUCGUUCACGACUAUUGAACUGUCAACAUGAGCCAUGUAGACUUCUCAUGGCGGCCCAACGGAGACCUCCACAGUCAGUGAGACAAACUCGCUGCUUGGAUUGAAACAACUUGGAGAGCUUGUGUGCGGAACAGUCUGUCUAAUGAUAACGAUCCUUCCAACAGUCAGAGUUCUGCGAGACAUAGUGCGUUUGUUGAUAACUCCCAGCAAGACGGCUUGUCAGUCUGUUCCUAGGGGUUGAUAAUGUGUCGCAUGAAGGCCUGAGGAUGGACCGUGCUCUCUGGUCCAGACGAGAGAUUAGUUUAGGGUGGAGACUCCUCCUCCUCCUCCUCCUCCUCCUCCUCCUCCUCCUCCUCAUCCUCGCCCACUGCUCCAACGGCGGCCGCUCAGGCGACUGUCCCGCGCACAAUAACCGACACUACCACCACCUCCCCCGACUCCAGGGAUGAGGAUCAGGACUAUACCUGCCCUCACUGCGACCGUACCUUCACCUCACACAUCGGCCUGGUCGGUCACUUGCAAAUCCAUCGCACAGUGACUGGCGAACCAGUGCGCGAAGCACCAACCUACACCCACCGCACUCGCCUCCACUGCUCACACUGCCCUCGCACCUUCAGGCAUCGCAUGGGUCUUUUCGGCCACAUGCGCAUCCACGAGAGCGGCCUUGACCGCACUCCCGACACACCCACCACAUCCAACACAUCCACCGUGCACACCCCCACCCUCGUUCCAUCCGUCCGCGCCACCACCACCACCGCCUCCUCUGUAGCUGACACUGACGCCGCCGACUUCACCUGCCCACACUGUGCACGCACAUUCACCUCUCGCAUCGGCCUGGUCGGUCACUUGCGAAUCCAUCGCACAGAGACUGGCGAACCAGUGCCUGGAGCACCCACCUAUACCCACCAAGCUCGUCUCAACUGCCCACACUGCCCUCGCACUUUCAGGCAUCGCAUGGGCCUAUUCGGCCACAUGCGCAUCCACGACGACCUGCGGUAG